ACCACUGAUGCGAAAACAAUUAAAACCUCAAACAAAUCCCCAAAAUAAUGAAAAGUGAAGUUUACUAAGAAUAGUGUUUUCUAAAAUUUGAAUACUGAUUCCACCGAUCCAGUUGACUUGACUCGAUCCUUAUGUUUCUUUCUCUAAAAUUAACUCGGAACAAUGGUUGGUUUUUACUUUGUGUUUAUAUAAAUAAGAACAAUGGUUUUAGAUGUGUGGUUAGAAUAUAUCACGAGUAUUGACGACAAAACGUUCUACACUUAUUACUUGAGCAAGACUGACUCUCCAAGUCAUAAUCUUUAUCAAAUUUUGAAUCAUGAAGGGUGCUACUUUGGUUAUGGUAUCUUGUGUUUUCAUAUGUUUCAUUCUGAGUCAUGGUAAAGACGGGGACUGUUGGGAUGAAAUCCCAUUCCCUGGAAAAUGCAGCAAAAAUGGAAAAAAGGAAUGCUUCAAAGAAAUGCUUUCGAAGAACAUUACAAGACGCUUUGUUCGCUGCAACUGUAUAAACUGGGAACCUGACAAAUCAGGUGAGGAAGGACAUAACGUAAAACAUAGUCAUGAGCAUACAGAGCAUCAACAUAUCUGCCAAUGUCUCAGAGUUGUUGCCGGUGAUUGUUUGCCAUACGGAAAAGCGUAACAGAGUUUUUGGUGGUGACACAUAGAUAAACAAUGGUGGUAAUCUGAUGUUAUUUUUUCUUCAAAAUAUAUUUCUUUUCAUCUUAGUAAAGGCAAUAAGAUUAUGCGUUAUCAAUCAUAACGGACUAUAUAUGCGUAUUUCAUUCAAUUU